UUCUUUUUGACUUGCAGGUCUAAAUAAAACAAGACAACUUUAUCUUUAGCAAGAAACCAAUCACCAGUUGUAGACAGUACAGCAUUUACAGCAUGUAUUUAACCAGAAUUAAAAAAAAAAAAAAAUAGUAUAGUAAUUCUAGUAUUGGCUCGAAUAAGGAUGCAUCGAUACUGAUACUGAUAUCAGAUAUUGUUCAGAUACUGUACAAAUUUUCUCAUACUCCGAUAUCAACAUGAUACUAUGAUACCAUGUUAGUCCACUUUGCCACACAAAAUCACCAGUCGACCCGAGAUGACAGCGUUCUGGACGCUUUUCCCAACUUCAGAAUUGUAUUCUGAGAAAAAUAUCAAGAGGAGGCACUCCGGCAUCUUCCUGCAAUACAAGUAAACGGAUAAACCAGCUUUAAAAGAGCACGACGGAGGCUGACCUGACAGCAGCGUCAGUAAAAAUCAACGCAAGCGAGUGUGACGCGAGCGUGCAGAGACACUCUUACAUCUCUACUGAAAACAUCUUACUCCUCAUGAGGCGUUUAUUGCUGGAAGCUACAACGACAACAACCAACAUAAACAGAGCCGAUGUCCCAUGAUGCUUUACUCAAAGUAGUCAUUUUGUUAUGAGUAUAGGUGAUACCAUCACCAAAGGUACUCACCAAGUAUAGGAUUACACACCGCAUCCACUGAGUCGCAUUCAGAACAGAAGAUGGAGGAAGAAGAUGACCAUCCCGGAGCACUUUCAGCAGAAGAUUAUGCUGCCGAGGCUAUGGCGGCCGAUCUGGAUCCUUGGAUCGUAUUCGACGCCCGCAAAACUCCCAGAGCCGAGUUCCCCAGUUGGUUGGAGUCCAAUCGUCCCUCGCAGGUGAGCCGCUUCGGGGACGACGUCUCAGGGCCUGUAGGGUGGAUCGCCGUGUACGGCACCAACCACUGCCCGAGCCACGGCGAUGUCUCGGGCUUGCAGGAGAGCUGGGAGAGACUUCUCUCCAGCGGCCGAGCCGUCACUUUCCAGACCAUUAAAGAGCUCGCUCUGAACCACAACGUGCUCACGGGGAAAUGGCUGAUGCACCUGGAUACGGGUUUCAAAGUGGACCACGCGUGGGAGUGCGUCGCGAAAGCCACUCUGGACGGGAAGAUCUCUGUGGCCAAAGUGAGUCCGCGCGAGCCCAACUCGGACGGCCAGCACGUCAUUUGCGUCUACAACAAGAACUUCACCGAUGAGGAGCAGGUGAUGCAGCUGGACGCGGCCAUCAGGGCGACGGGCGUCAAGUGUCCUCUGUCUUACAAGCCAGACGUCUACACGUACCUGGGGAUUUACAGGAAUAACCGGUGGAAGCUGUGUCCCACAAUUUACGAAAGCAAGUUCGAUCUGGAGUGCGUUCCUCGGCGCUCACACAUCAUCAACAAAGUCACCAACUUGGAGGUUACAUAAGCGGAAGAUGAAAACUCCAAUGUAGUGGACUCUCCUAGGAAUACUGAAGACAGUUUUUUUGUUUGUUUGUUUGUUUGUAUGGUUGGCUGUUUUUAUUUUUUUUUCCCCUUGAAUGACCUGAUAACAUUAAUCUUCUUUCUUUCAACCUAAAAUAGUUCCCUGUUGACAUUUUCUUAACUUUCUUACCAGUCUGUUUUUUGAGAUUUUGGUUUUAAGCCAGGUUUAAAGAGAUUGUACCUAAUUUUUGAGCAACUUCUUCAUCUCUGGUUUGCCACAAUGCCAGUUAAGCCUUUAAUCAUUUGUGUUGAAUUAUUAAGGAACAAAAAGAUACCACACCUCGUGUUCAAUAAAUGUGUGUGAAAAAUUUUCUUCGUAGAA